CAAGAUAUACUGUUUUCUGAAGAUCUCAAUACUACUCUCUUCAAUAAUGAAAAUCAAAGUGCUAAUGAUCCACAAGCCACUAUACAUCAGUUAUUAGAUGUUAUUAACUUUGAUAAUGUAAUGUUGGCUAUGAGUAAAGCCAGAUUCUAUAUACAGCUUAUUCUAUCUCACUGGUAUCAAGAAGACAAAGAUGCAUCGAACAAACCUUUUAUUAUUGCUGAUAAAUUCUAUGAUGAUUCAAUUAACUUAUUACAAAAGAAUAGACUAUUCAAUUAUAUAUAUGCUAUUGAUAAUACUAACAAUAACAAUGAACUGCAAAUGAAUAUCUUAAAGCAAAAAUUUAUGCAUAGGCAUCUUCAUAAAUUUACUGAUGAUGAGUCUUCUGAUAGAUCCUCUAAUAAAGAAUAUAGUCAAGAUAACUUUUUAAGCGAUAAGAAAAAUGGUAGUAUUAGUUUACAAAAUCCAAAAAAGCGAUAUAACAGAGAAAGAUCACUAGAUACAAAACAUUUUAAAGCAUCUUAUGAAAAUUAA